UGGAAAAAACGGGCGCGAGUAGCUAGGAGGCGUAGACUAGUUGGCUUUGUUUGUAUUCAUAAACGGAAGAUAUUAGAUAUAAAUAUAUUUCACUUAAGUGGAUGUUUGUUUUUAGUGGUGACUAAACCUUUGGUCUGAACGUUAAUGGAUGUGUUACUAAUGUGGAAUUUUACUGUACAUAUUAUUUGUAGCGAUAACAAAAUGUAUAGCUAACCUAAGGAGCAGUCUAACGUUAACGUUAUGUGCUAAUUCGGAAAUGGCGGGCAGCUAAAAGCUAUCUUAAUUGAGUUUGGUUAGCUGGUAGGAAACUUUUUCCAACAAUGGAAAGCAAAACGUCACACUUGAUCAAAGGCAGGAAGAAGCUGAGAUACUUCACAGACGACGAAAGGGCGCUUCCAAGGAUACAGGAUGUAUUUUCAGUAGGUGACAUCGAUGCUUUUUUGGAUUGUACAUCUAAAACCAAACUGGAUAGUGGGUUUCCAUCCCCCUUACUACCAGAGGAAGAGGCACCACAGGAAGAAGAAUGUGUUGCCCUUCCAACAGAAGAAAAAAACAUAGGGGAAGCUGGGUUAACGGGUAAAGAGUGUCCAUUUAAAGAUAGUGCCCCAUUAAAGACUUCCAGCCCCAUCAUUGUGGCGUCGAGUAUCCAUGAGGAUGAAGUUGAAGCAAAGCUUUUGGCAUCGGCCUUGCUCUUUCCCUACGACAAUGAGGAUCCCAUCGAAGGCAACAUGGACAAGCCCCUUUCUAUCCUGACAGGGGACCUAGCCAGGGAGGCCUCACUUCAUGAGACGCUCAUUCUGACCCCACCAAAGAGAUUUACACUGGGUGUUAAAACACAGCAAGGAGACAGGUCCCCAACACUCACCCCACCGACCACCAGAAGCCAUGUGAAUCUUGAGGAAAAGAAUUUGCCUGGUGCACUGGAAAAUCACACUCUGACAGAGAUGCAAAUGAAUGAGGAGCAGGGCUCCUCGGUGUCACCUGUGGUUUCGACUCAGACUGCUGUUAUUAAGGAGCCGGACUCCAGCCUGAAGGCAUUUAGCGUGGCCGACGAUAGAUCUUUCCAGAAGAAACUCAGAGAGUUCUUGAUGCCAAGGAAUAUAGAGAGUGCCAGGGUGCCGACACCCGCCAGGGCCCCGUCACCGCAGGAGCUGGACGAGGACUUCUUUAUCCUUGAGGAUGACGCUCCGCUGCUCUUCAGCCUCAAGCCGAAGACUCCGAGCCAGACCAGCCGUCCAGCCAGGCAGCCCAGCAAGAAGGCCGAGGUCCAGGCUGAAACGGGGAGCGACGCUGCAGAUGGAGCUCUGUUUGGAACGGAGAAUGAGCCUGGAGCUGGGGGUAAGGCAGCAGGGGCAGCUCCCACAUCAGAACCCCCAGCCAAAGCUUCCGCUGUCCAGAAGAAGAGGGGCAAGCAGAGCAAACAGACUGCAUUGAGGGCAGCGCCUGAAGAAGGAGGAUCUUUCGAGGGGCUCUGCGAGGUCGGAGGUCGCACAGCCAAGGGAGUUCCAGCGGAGGCUUCAUCCAAAGCACCGGCUGCUCUGAGGAAGACAGGCAAGCAGAGAGAGAGACAAAUAGCUGCAGCAUUAGCUACUGCUGCAGAGCCUCUCACAGCAGUGGAUGCUGGUGCUGAUGCUGAUGCUGACAUGGCAUCCAAAAGGCCUGAGAGAAGACCAGCAAAGCCCAUAUCAGAAGCCCAAAGUCCUGCAGCUGCUGAGGAUGAUCAUGGAGACUAUGGUAAUAGUCCAUCCCCGUCACCCUUAAUGGAGGUGCCACAACAGACAGUUACAAAGACAGCCAGUAAGAGGGCUCUUAAUCAGGAAAAGCCUUUCCUGAGCAAAAAGAGGAAACUAUGCCGGACAUCAGAGAUGUAUGCGGUCAGUCACUCUCCAGAGCUGAAAUCGGACACAAAAACAAGCAAAGCUGCGUCCACGGGACUGGAAAACACAGCCAAAUCUCCCUCCGCCGCACCUGCAGCUGUGUCGCUGAAGAGCCAGAAGGCACAAAGUAAAAAGAAGAAAGAGAAAGAGAGCAAUGUGACACAGAAGAAGAAGAGACCAACUCCGGUGCUGUCUGAGGAAGUGAAAGGAGACACAGACCAGGCCCUCACACAGCCCCACUCUCCUCACAGAGGAGAUGAGACCGACGCCACAGGUUAUUCUAAGCCUGGACGGCAAGACCCUUCGCAGGACCUUAGCGGCUGCUCUACUGUGGGCAGACGCAGGAGGAACAGGCCCGGAAACUGGUGGGCAGUCAACCCAGAGACGCAGGAUGAGAACGACAUCAGUCCUCCGAAGAGGCCUAAAAACGGCAAAAGGAAAGAUGGGAAGAUGCCGAAGAAAACAGGAAGGCAGCAGAAGAAGGAGGCCGCUGCAUCCCUCGAGCAAGUCUCCGCUGAUGUCAUAGAGAAGGGAACAAGAACAACAGCCAAGUCGCCUCGACAGCAAACGGACGGGAAGGCAACUCUGAAAUCUAGACAGAGAAAGGUCAAAGGUGAAGGCCGGGCUGACCAGAAGAGGCCCCAGACUGGUAAAGGCAGACGGAAGAGGCCACAGGAAGAGGCUAUGUCUGCUCCACCCAAUCAACUCGAGGAGGAGGAGGAGGAGGCCGCAGCUGGACUAGAGUCUGACCAAGCUGGAUCAGAGCUACAGGUCAAUAUGUUAUCAGACGCUCCUGCUGAGCCAGUACAGAGCUUGCAUGUCAGCAAAACCGUUAGCCGAGCCGAUGCUCCCCAGCCGCAGGGGAGAAUGGGAGGGAGACAGCGGGGGAGACUCCCCGGCAAAUGGUGGGAAAGCCAGCAGCAGCCUCAGCCAGAGCCAGAGGCGGACAUUGUCCCGUCGCCGUCACCGCCACACCCACACCCAGAGCCCAGGGCCCGAGUGCCCACCCCUGGCAUGCCAGCGGCAGAGCUCCACCUCAGCCGGCAAAGGGUCACGAAGCUUGGCAGCGGCUCUCGGAAGCCCCGCAACCAACUUGCGAAGAAGCCGCUGGCGCGACACGCGGGGACGCCUAAAACUCUCAAAGGUUCCAUGGCAUCCUUCGGCGCCUUAUACUCGGCGGGCAAGUCUCACGGCAGGAACGCGGUCGUGCAGAAAGUGCGCAAGAACUUGCUGAAUUCUCUGGAGGACAGUAGUAACAGGUCGAAUGACCACACGUCCAUGGACGCCAGCAGCCAAGAUCGGCUGAACUCUGAUGAUGGACACCAGGAAGUGUGCGUCCAAGUUUCGAACUCUGUUGGCCUCGAGUCGGUCGUUCGACUGAAGAGUGGAGACGUGCUUCCUGCUUCAGACUGGCCCUCACAAAAUCUCGGUGUUCCUGGUUUAAAAAGCGGACCUUCCUCAAUGAUUCAACUACAGGAGGAGGAGGAGGAUGAGGAAGACCGAAACAUGUCGUUGACCUUGCUGGUCCCAAUGGCUCUGUCGGAGGGAGACAUCUGUGGGCCUCUGCUCCGACCUUUAACCCUAAGUCCCGACGACUGGAAGAACCUCACCUACUGGCUCAGAGAAGUGUGGAGGACCAACGUCAAAUAUAACGGUCAACUCAUCACAGCCGACCACUUCCACUGGUACACGCACGAGGGCAGGGCACUGGGCCACAAGUUCGACCUGGUGUGCAACUCCUACGCCAACGGCAAGAUCCUGCUGGGCUCCUACAUGCACAAGCCGGCCCAGGUGGACCAGCACACGACCACAGUUUUUAAUGUAUAUACAAGUUCUGUGCGCGUCCAAAUCAACGAUCUCAAGUCUGAUUACAUUCCCGGGCAAGCAUUCGUAGUCCCUCGAGGGCAGUCGUACAGCAUCCGUAACCUGACUCCAGUGCCCGCCAUUCUCUGGUAUCAUCGGAUGUUUGCAAAUAUAACGGAGGACUCUUAAACCAGAGCCAUCACUUGUACAGGAUACAGACUGUUGUAAAGUUGGUCUUUAAUAUUUUACCCUCAAAACCUUCUAAUUUAAAGCUUGUCAAAGUUGUCAAGUAUCACAGCUUUUGUGUCGAAGGUUGUAGAUUCUUAAUAAUAGAAUGAGCUUUAAGCUUUUUUGUCUGUUUUAGCCGUGAAAAUUAUAUCUCUGAGAGAGGUCUUGUGCUCAAUAAAAAAGAAUGUGUUUUUAUAUUUGUA